AUGAAGACUUUGUUUAGACUGACUUACGGCACCAACGAAAUCAUGUUGCUGUUGUUGAUGAGAUUAAUCAGCAGCAUUCCUAUUGACGAUGAAGGUGUCAAGUCGAUAUUUUUCAACGAGCAUGCUUUCCCUCUCAUUGAAGGCGAACAGAACCAGUUUGCUGAAGUCCGAGUAUGUCGUCUGCUAUUGUACUUACAAGAUCGAGCAGAUAUUGGAGUACCUAUUUUGAAUAGAGUGUUUGCAUCGUUCCUGAUACGGGUUGCGGACAUCUACAAAUCACUGACGCAGGGACAUAGUGAGGUGGAAGAAGUUACUCAAGAGAUCAAUCUUGAUCGCAACAGUAUGCGUUUGCCUCUCGACUUGAAAAAAAAAAGUCCAUCCACUUACCGCAUAGGAACAACAGACUCCAUAGUCGAGAACGAAAAAGAGUAA